AUGCCGUCUAAGGCUCCUGGCGUUGCGAGUUAUUAUCCAAUUUCUCGCGUUGCCGGCUCUCCACCGGAAAUUUCAGACGUGAGCACAACGACAGGGAGCGCUGGCGAUUUCGACGUCUCGUCUUCAGGAUACUCCGGCAUUGACGUCAUCGACACGCUGAAUGAUCGCAUGAGUAACGUGUUCGAUGCAAGUAGGCUGGAUAGCGGAAUUGCCAAACAGACUCAGCUAUCUGGUCAGCUUAACGCCAAGCAGCGAGAACUCCUUGAACUGCAGGCUCUCAUGAAGCGCCGUAUUGCGGGCGCGAGAACAAACUUUGCGGACGGGAUCAAGGCCGCAAAGGAAACCAAGUCGGAUCUGGAGUGGACGCAAAAGCGAAUUGGCGCCAUGAAAUCGAAAGCCGAACGAAAUUUACCCGGUGAAUACCGCGCCGCCAACAGCAAAUACGCAUAUGACGAGAGGUACUGA